GUACUCCAUUUAAAAGAUGUCAAAGAUGUUUCUUUCGGGUUUCAAACAAUAACUUCAGAUGUUUCCAAACUCAGCUCUUUCUUUGCACUGAAAAUGGUCAAACGGCUCUUUGUAGACAAGUCUCUUAAUCCUACCACAGACUUUGUCAACUCCACAAAGAGGCCUUUUCCAUCUGAACUGGAAUUAGUGGAGUUCAAAGAAAAAACUGAGGAAACCCGGCAGAAGAUCAACAAAUCUCUUUCAGAGCUAACUGACGGCAAAAUGGAGAAUAUUUUGAAUGAGGAUAGUGUAAGUGACCAGACUCAGAUCCUCCUAGUUAAUGCAGCGUAUUUCAUCACGAAUUGGAUGAAGAAGUUUCCAGAGGCAGAGAUCAAAGAAUGUCCUUUUAAAGUCAACAAGACUGAAACUAAACCAGUGCAAAUGAUGAAUCUGGAAGCUACUUUUUGCCUGGGCUAUGUAAAAGAAUUAAAUGUUGCCAUCCUUGAGCUGCCAUGCCUUAACAAACAUAUAAGCAUGCUCAUUAUGCUGCCCAAAGAGAUUGAAGAUGAGACCACUGGCUUGGAGAAGCUGGAAAAGGCACUCACCCCAGAGACAUUAUUACAGUGGACCAAUCCCAGCAUGAUGGCUAACACCAAAGUGAAUGUAUUUCUUCCAAAGUUUAGCGUGGAAGGCGAUUAUGAUCUGAAGCCACUUCUGGAAAGCCUGGGAAUGACAAAUGUCUUCAAUGAGAAUGCAUCAGAUUUCUCUGAGAUGUGUGAGACAAAAGGUGUGGUUAUGUCAAAGAUCAUCCACAAAGUCUCUCUGGAAGUAAAUGAACAAGGUGGCGAGUCACUGGAGGUACCAGGGUAUCGGAUUCUGCAACACAAAGAUGAGUUUAAAGCUGACCAUCCAUUUAUCUUUUUGUUUAGGCACAACAAAACCCGCAAUGUGAUUCUUUCAGGCCGGUUCUGUUCUCCUUAA